CCUGUCGCUUUCUCACUCGAUCCGACGGCCCAGAUCUCACCACGUGUCGGAUCCUCACUCGUUCGACCGCUAGCCUCCACUUCGGCAAAAAUAUAUUGCGGGAAAAUGUUCAACACCUACUCCACACCCAAUCGAAUCCCUUUUCUUCCUCUUCUCCAGAUCUCUCGUUCUGUCUCUGGAUCUGAAUCUUAGCGGCUAAAAGGGAGUGUCCUCCGCCGCCGUUUCGGCAAUGGGGACCGAGAUAUCCGAAUCCCUGCUCCUGGACUCUGGCGAGGCGACCAAGGUCGCCGGCGGUGACAUCCCAACCGAGCAGGUACCGGAAUGGAAGGAGCAGAUCACCAUCCGAGGCCUGGUCGUGAGCGCGCUGCUGGGUGGACUGUUCUGCGUCAUCACGCACAAGCUCAACCUCACGGUCGGAAUCAUCCCCUCGCUGAACGUCGCCGCCGGGCUACUCGGCUUCUUCUUUGUCAAGUCCUGGACUGGAGUAAUGUCCAAAUUAGGGUUCACCGUUGUUCCGUUCACCAAGCAGGAGAACACGGUGAUCCAGACUUGUGUUGUCGCUACUUACGGCCUCGCCUUCAGUGGUGGAUUUGGAUCCUACUUGAUUGCUCUGGACGAGAAGACUUAUGAACUGAUUGGUAAGGACUAUCCUGGAAACCGGGCGCAAGAUGUAAUGAACCCUGGAUUAGGAUGGAUGAUUGGGUUUAUGUUUGUGGUCAGCUUUCUCGGGCUCUUUAGCCUGGUUCCACUCCGCAAGGUUAUGGUUAUGGAUUACAAGCUUACUUAUCCAAGUGGGACUGCUACAGCGAUGUUGAUCAAUAGUUUCCAUACAGAUACUGGAGCAGAGCUAGCUGGUAAGCAAGUCAAGUGUCUUGGGAAGUACUUGAGCAUGAGUUUUGUCUGGAGCUGCUUCAAGUGGUUCUUCAGUGGUGUUGGAGACUCGUGUGGAUUUGACAACUUCCCUAGUCUUGGUCUGACACUUUUCAAGAACUCGUUUUACUUCGACUUUAGUCCUACUUAUGUUGGAUGCGGUCUUAUUUGUCCACACAUAGUUAACGUCUCCUGUCUUUUGGGAGCUAUCAUCUCUUGGGGCUUCCUGUGGCCCUUCAUCUCUGAGAAAGCUGGUGACUGGUAUCCAGCUGACCUCGGUAGCAAUGAUUUCAAGGGCCUUUAUGGAUAUAAGGUCUUCAUAUCUAUUGCUAUUAUUCUCGGGGAUGGACUCUAUAAUCUAGUUAAAAUCAUUUAUGUUAGUACCAAGGAAUUGCUGAACAAAAGCACCAAAGAGCACAAGCUUCCUGUCAUCACCGAGAUUCAAGAUGACGAGACUUCAAAAGUGCUACUAGAGCAAAAACAGCGAGACACUGUAUUUCUAAAAGACAGAAUCCCCUCCUGGUUCGCUGCAUCAGGGUAUGUCUGCUUAGCAGCAAUCUCAAUCGCAACAAUGCCGCUCAUAUUCCCACCUCUCAAAUGGUACCUCGUCCUUGCAUGCUACAUCCUCGCACCAGCUCUCGCCUUCUGCAACUCGUACGGCACAGGCCUAACCGACUGGAGUCUGACCUCCACCUAUGGCAAGAUCGGCCUCUUUGUUGUCGCCUCGAUUAUUGGCCCUAACGGUGGAGUUGUUGGCGGACUAGCUGCCUGUGGUGUCAUGAUGUCGAUUGUCUCGACUGCUGCUGACCUAAUGCAGGACUUCAAAACGGGCUACCUCACUUUAUCCUCCGCCAAAUCCAUGUUCGUCAGCCAGCUGAUCGGAACAGCCAUGGGAUGCGUCAUUGCUCCAUUGACCUUCUUUAUGUUUUGGUCGGCUUUCGAUGUAGGUUCUCCGGACGGACCCUACAAGGCGCCCUACGCAGUCAUAUUCAGAGAAAUGGCGAUACUGGGUGUGGAAGGGCUGUCGGAGCUCCCCAGGAACUGUUUAGCCAUAUGCUAUUUCUCCUUCGCAGCUGCAUUGGUUAUAAACCUUCUCAAAGACAUCACUCCUAAGAAGAUCUCCCAGUUCAUUCCCAUUCCUAUGGCCAUGGCGAUCCCAUUCUACAUCGGAGCUUACUUUGCAGUGGACAUGUUUGUGGGAACGGUGAUACUGUUCGUGUGGGAGCGAGUGAACCGGAAGGAUUCGGAGGACUAUGCAGGGGCUGUUGCCUCCGGGUUGAUAUGUGGCGACGGGAUAUGGACUAUACCAUCGGCUGUUCUUUCGCUGUUGAGGGUUAACCCGCCGAUUUGUAUGUCUUUCGGUCCUGCUUUGAGUCGCUGAGAUUUGACAAAGAUGAAGGGUUAUCAAACUGCUCUCUGGAAUUUACAGUCCAUCAUGUGUUGUAAGCUCAUUUGGUAGGGAAGAAGCAGUCUCUGGUCUCUUUGAGAGCCUGUACAUGUGUAGAAGUGACUGUAAAUAUCAUGCAAAGCCUAGGGAAACAACAGAUCCUUUGUUGUAUCGUAGUUUUUUUUUUCCCCACUUUUCAGUACAUGUCUCUGGUUUAUCUCAUUAUGUUGAAUCGUUGUUAGGGCCACGAUGCUUCGAUUGAUUUGAUCUUAGGUUUUGAUUUGGGUUUUUAUUGAGUGUGGCUUUCCGUAGGUGUGGAUGAAACCAAAUCGAGGAUUGCCGCUGUUGCUCAAGUUAGUAUAGGGUGUAAUGCUUGGUCUACAGUUAGAAAGACAAGAACAAAUACGUAUUUUGUUG